AUGAAAGAGGAGACGAGAGUCGCAGGUCCAUGGGAAUUUGGUAAAAUUCCUCUCUCACGUAAUUCUAAGACUGAUUGGGCUCUUGUUAAACAGGCUGCUAAGGCAGGUGACUAUGAUAAAAUUCCUGAUAAUAUAUUAGUUACGCAUUAUUCAAAUAUUCAGAAGCUUUACAAAGACAAUUGUAAAGUGACAUCUUCUUCUACUGUUCGUGGAAUAUAUAUUCAUGGAGACGCAGGCAUUGGUAAGAGUUAUCUUGCCAGAUCUUUAUUUCCUGGUGAGCCUGUGUAUUCUAAGAAUCCUAACAAAUAUUUUGAUGGCUAUCAGAACGAAACUGUUAUUAUUUGGGAUGAUUUAGACUUAAUGCAUCCUUCAAUGUUUACGUAUUAUUUUAAGAUUUGGACUGAUAGAUAUGGUGUUCGUGGUGAGAUUAAAGGUAGUACGAUACCUUUGAAUCAUAAAUAUUUUAUUUUUACAUCACAAUAUUCAUUUGAAGAAAUGUUUACAGAUCUUAAGACUCGUGAAGCGAUGGGAAGAAGAUGUUUCAUUUAUGAGAUGGCACAUUAUAAAGAUAUUAAUCUUAGAACUCAAUUUGUUAUUCCUGAUAUGAUUGAUCAGUUCAAUCGAGAUACACCUCCUGAAAUUGAGAAGUUUAUUGUGAGAGAUAGAUCUGCCUUAAUCGAAGCGACAGCGAGAUUAUGA